AUGUGCAUAAGGAGGUUCGUAUCGCGAGGCCAGAGGGCCGGGGCCAACCUACAAAAGGUGCAAAAAGAUGAGGCGGUUGGCUCGUUGGUUCGCUAAAAAAAAGACGGCCCGUCGUAAAGCCUCACAAUUCACAAAACCCUCAGGCGGAGGAGGCCCUUGCCAUUUCCUUUGGGUUUACCUGGCCUGUCACCUCUCUUGUCUCCGUGAGCCACUGUGAAAAAUGAUGGCUGCGACAACUCGGAGAGGGAGCAGCCUUCUCCUUCUAAACCUCUCAAAAUCCAGGCCCUUGCUUGCCUGUAGAGCGUCUGCACGUGCCUAUGCUUCUUCUCCUUCCUCUUCUGCUCCAGCUUCUUCUUCUGGGUCAGCUGGCGUAUCUGAUCAUACUCCAUCGCCACAAGCUAAGAACAAGAAACCAUGGAGCUUCCUCAAGUUUGGUGUGUGGGGAUCGAUCACCGCAUGCGCAGCUUUGGCUGGAUAUGCUACCGCCGCAUAUUCUCUGGAAGAAAUAGAUGAGAAGACAGCUGCAUUGCGGAGUCCUGUAAGUUAUACUGCAGGGGAUGAGGCUUCUUCUCUUGAUAAAAUUCAGGCUGUCCUUUCUUCAGCUGUCCUGACAGUGCCUGCUAAAUGUGUGGAGUUAUAUAUGGAUGUUAGGAGGUCAAUUGAAGAGCAUGUUAAGGGAUUUACAGAUCCAUCGUCAGAAAAACUUCUUCCAGAUCUGCUUCCACAGGAACAGCAUGUCUUUACAUUAGUCCUCGAUCUUAAUGAAACAUUGAUAUAUUCUGACUGGAAGCGUGAGAGAGGCUGGAGAACAUUCAAAAGACCUGGAGUUGAUGCAUUCCUGGAACAUCUUGCACAGUUUUAUGAGAUUGUUGUAUACUCAGACCAGUUGAGCAUGUAUGUUGAUCCAAUCCUUGAGAGACUGGACGGAAAAGGCUGUAUACGAUAUAGACUUUCGAGGGCUGCAACAAGAUAUGUUAAUGGAAAGCAUUACAGGGACCUAUCCAAGUUGAAUAGAGACCCUUCACGGGUAAUGUACAUAAGUGGCCAUGCACUUGAAAGUAGCCUUCAACCAGAAAAUUCCAUCCAAAUUAAGCCGUGGAAACUUGAGUCAGAUGACACAGCUCUGUUGGACCUUAUUCCAUUUCUUGAAUAUGUGGCCAGGAAUCGACCAGCAGAUAUAAGACCUGUUCUUGCCUCUUAUCAAGGGCAUGAUAUUGCAAGAGAAUUUGUUGAACGAUCUAAGGAGCACCAGAGGCGGAUGCAAGAACAGAGACAGCAGGGACGUCUGUGGUGGAGAUAAUCUACUGCCAUGCGUUAAAGAACAACCAUGGAACUCCUAAAAUUUUGCUUGAGCCUUUUCCGAUUUUUACUGCAUCCGUGAUCCUCAUUGAUUUUACUGUAUCAUAAUAGCACAUGAGAAUAACGAAACGUGCAGUUGUAUACUCAAUAGAGGCCUCCAUUGCUGAACAAAAUUCAGCAAAUAUGCUGACUUACACGUUGAUUUCAUGUUAUGCCUGUCAUUUGGUGCGGUUAUCUGGCAGAACAGAAAUUGAGCUUGAGAUUCCGUCGUUA